AUGAUUGUUGAUGCUUUCAAUGGCUUCCGGAGCAAAAAGUUUUGGUUGCCAUCUAAGUAUUUCUCUCUCAAUGCUUUUUCGUUGACUGUGUUAACUGUCUCGAUGAAGCUGCCAGUUGAUUUUACUAGUAGCACGCAGGGGAAUAACGAUAAACUUGCGCGGGUUAGCAGCCUGGUUUUUAUGUCAACUGCUAUGGGUAAUUUCGUAACAUCUUUGGGAUCCAUGGAAGAUUAUGAUAUUGUACUAAAUUUAGCUGCUUUAGGCAUUCUUGUUGUCACAGUUGCCGGAAAUGUCUGCAUUCAUAAUGCCCAGAUGCGCGGUUUUCUUGAUGUAAUAGGUACCUUGGCUGAAGAUAUUGGAUCUUCUGUUUUCAUGCUUCUCUUGCUUGUGACAUUAUGUUCUUCGGCUUUGAUGGAUCCCACUGCCAAAAAAUACAUAGAGUCGGGGUAUCAAGAAAUGCACAAAAGAGUCUCAAAUGAGAAAGUGGACUGGGGGAAAUUUACUAUUAAUGAACUCAGAGUAGUGGUGAGAAGAUAUUGGGUGAUGGCAGAAACUGGGAGCCCCCAAUUUGUGGUCGGACGGUCGGUGACCUGCGUAAUGUCAGGCUGGAUGUGCCUGUUGAUGGCUCUAACUCUGUUAGAAGCUCAUAUUAGAGUGACUCUACUGUACAGAUCUCAUUGUUUUGUUAAUGUUUCCUCUCAUUAUAAGUGGUCUAUAAAUUGGAUCCUUGUUAUUCAGUCGAUUGGAGUGGUGUUGGGUAGUAUUGCUCCUUUACUCAGAUGGUUCAUUGCUGUUCAAUUCAAGAGCUCGAAACUAAGCCUUAGAAGCUUCAAGGAGGGAUUUAAGGUCGAGACUUAUUGGACUCAAACGCUAGUAGACUGGAGAGACAGCCCGUUGAGUUUACAAAUUCGACACUACAAAUGCAGAAAACUUGUGCAUGACGCGAAAAGGUUGCUUCUGAAUUUCUGCAUUGCUGUCCAAAUUGUGAUCGUGCUUGCCAGCAAGCUAGUUCUACUCAUUUCGGCUCCUUGUGUAUAUGGAAUUCUGUUUUGCUUUCAAUGCAUCAAGAAUUUGAAGGCAUGUGAUUCCUCGGAAUCACGGGCUGGGACAGAGCUGGAUUUUAGGCAGUAUGUUUUGCUACUUGAAAGCGAACCUGGACUGCCUGAGAAGAUGUUGACAAACAUUUGCAACGAGAUGGACAAGCUGAUUCAGAAAGGUAAAAAGAAAAUACCGAAGAACCUAAUCAAACUUCUACAGAGAUCGGUAAAUUUCAAUGGAGUGAGAGAAUUUGACAGGGGUGAAAUUGAAAGCUUGCAUACACGAGAUCUUCCAAAUUGCUGGUCUCUGCCGGUGGUGACCUUGACAAGCAUCGCAAUUUCACUACCCAACAUCAAGAAUCAUAAGGCUAAACAACUGCUGGUGCGUGCCGUAAGUGAAGGCCUGUUCUUUGUAAAGCUUAUAGAGAAAACCCUCUACUCAAAUGGAGAACUGGAGAGCCUCAGAAACACAGCAGAUGUGGUUUGGGUGGGAGUGGAGCUGUAUAAGGCAUGUCCCCAAGGCAGAACCCACAAAGAGAUGCUCCAAAGUCUUUCCAGUACCGCUGAAAAGACUGUCAGAGAUUUCGUAAAUGGCAGGGACGAUGUUGUGAUGCAAAACCCUCUCAAUUGGCCUGUUAAAAUUAUAGCUGCUAACUCAAUGUAUCGGAUAACACAAACAAUCCUGCUAGCCCACAAAGACGACGAUCAACUAACAGAUGAAAAGCUGUUUAAGCUACUAUCCAUCAUGAUCGCAGACAUAAUCGCAGCUUGUCUCACCAAUUUGGCACGGGUAAUAACCUUGAAAUGCCACAGAAAUGCCAUUAAAGAGAGGGAGGAAAGUAUCAGACAAGCAGCUCUUCUUCUAGGUGAAAGCGUAGAAAUUCUUGAAAUUCUUCAGCAACUAGAGAUUCCGAACUUGGAUCCUGAAAAGGCAGCUAAUAUUGAAGACUGGAGGGCCUACAGUGAAGCCUCCGCUUCAGCAUGA